CGACAUAACUUUGAGAGCGGCUGUCCCCACAGGGACUCUUUGCGUCUCACAAUCUUGCGAUCCACUUGCGCCUUCACCCACCGCAGUCGCAUCUGCGCGUACAUAAAGAGACGUGAUCGGCUGCGACGCCUUGUCGACGCGGCGCACACGCACACACGGGCCCAUCAUGCCUCCCCAGAUUAAGCAGGACCUUAACCGGUCCGGCUGGGAGUCGACCGACUUCCCCUCCGUCUGUGAGACGUGCCUGCCCGACAACCCCUACGUCAAGAUGCUCAAGGAGGACUACGGCGCCGAGUGCAAGAUCUGCACCCGGCCGUUCACCAUCUUCAGCUGGUCCGCCGACCGCGCCCACGGCCGCAAGAAGCGCACAAACAUCUGCCUGACCUGCGCCCGCCUCAAGAACUGCUGCCAGUGCUGCAUGCUCGACCUCUCCUUCGGCCUGCCCAUCACCAUCCGCGACGCCGCCCUCAAGAUGGUCGCGCCGGGCCCCAGCUCAGAGAUCAACCGCGAGUACUUUGCGCAGAACAACGAGAAGGCCAUCGAGGACGGCCUCGGCACCGAGGAGUACGAGAAGACGGACGACAAGGCGCGCGAGCUGCUCCGGAGACUCGCCAACAGCAAGCCCUACUUCCGCAAGGGUCGCACGAUAGAAGACGGGAGCAGCGCGUCCGCGGGGGCGUCUGGGUCAGCCACGGGCGGAGACGUCGCCACGGGGAGUGGCUAUGGCGGACCUGGACCGAUACGGACACGCGACUCGAGAGCUGCUGCGGCUGCAGGCGGCCGUGGUGGCCACGGAGGUAGAGGAGGGCGAGGAGGCGGUCGCGGCGGUCGUCCGUUCCCAGCGGCGUCGCAAUUGCCCCCCGGGCCAAAGGACUACAUUCCGCCUGCGGACAAGACCAUCAUGAGCCUGUUCGUCACGGGUGUCGAGGACGACCUGCCCGAGUACAAGAUUCGCGACUUCUUCAAGGAGCACGGCAAGAUCAAGUCGCUCAUCUGCAGCCACAUGUCCCACUGCGCGUUUGUCAACUACGAGACCAGAGAAGCCGCGGAGAAGGCUGCCGACGCUUGCAAGGGGAAAGCAGUCAUCGCUGGCUGCCCAUUGAGAGUGCGGUGGUCGGUGCCCAAGGCUGUGGGCACGAUGAACCGCGAGGAGAGAGGCGAGAUGCUGCGGGAUGGCCGUUCGGCAUUUGGAAACCCUAGGCAAAGGAAGGCGCUGGAAGGCGGGCAGAGGCAGGGCGGCGGCCAAGAAGGCGGCGGCCAACCACAGCAGCAACAGCAAGAAGCAGAGUUUGAGCAGAUGGCAGCCGUCGCUGCGCCGCCUGGUGCUAGCGAUGUCAACUACGCCAGUCUUGCGGGCGAUUAACAGGACGAGUGGGGGGGUUUUUACGGGCGAAGCAUUGUUACACGGCGUUCAUCUGGUUUUCUCGGAGGACAUGAUGCUCCUUACAUUCUAAAAGAGAUAUAUUUGCGGGCUCUACAUCGUCUGUGGCUCACUACUCUCCAUCGUAGCACA